UAAAAUCAAAAUAUGAUUGUAGAUAACUUGAAAUAAUUUUAGUGUUGAAGGCAACAGCGUUAAGAUAUCAUUAUUGAUUUUUUUACAUAUAUUGACCACUAUUUUUAUUUCAUAAUGGUGUUAAUGAACUCUGGACGAUAUAAAGCAGACCCUUUGCGAUCGUCCGAAUCGUCUUCCAGACAAGAAGACACUAGUGAAAGGCGAUUGCAACAAUCCUUAUUUAACGAUGAAAUCGAUGCCAAAUUUGGUUUUGUUCGAUACAAGGAACCUGUUGAAAGAAAAGCAUGGCUUUUCAAUAUGCAUACUACAGAAAUUUUGGAUGAAGACAGACGUCUAAUUAGUGCUGUUGAUUAUUAUUUCCUGGAAGAUGAUGGUGGGAGAUUUAAAGCAACCUUACCGUUCAAGCCUUAUUUUUAUGUGUGUACAGUAGAUGGAACAGAACAUGAAGUUGCAACUCACUUGACUAGAAAGUAUACUGGCCUUAUCAGUAAAGUUGAAAUCGUUCAGAAAGAAAACUUAGACCUUCCAAAUCAUUUAUCUGGACUUAAAGGUAAAUUUGUAAAGCUUCUUUUUACUACAGUGACUGAUUUAAUUAAAGUGAGAAAGGAAAUCAUGCCAUAUGUGAAGAAAAAUAAGGACAAAUCAAAUAAUUCCAUUUCUUUCAAUGAAGUUUUGGGUAAAAGCGCAGAAAAUUCCGUUUCCAAAAAACAUUUUGAACAGUUUGACAAUAUUAUAGACAUUAGAGAAUAUGAUGUGCCUUAUCAUGUCAGAGUUUCAAUUGACUUAAAAAUUUUUGUUGGUCAUUGGUAUUUUGUUAAAGGAAGAGGAAAUAUGCCACCUGAAAUCAAGUUAUGUGAUGAACUUUUACAACCAGCUGAUGUAACUGUUCUUGCAUAUGAUAUUGAAACCACAAAGCUCCCUUUGAAAUUCCCUGAUGUCAGUACUGAUCAAAUUAUGAUGAUAUCAUAUAUGAUCGAUGGCCAGGGUUUUUUGAUUACAAAUCGAGAAAUUGUAUCUACAGAUGUAGAUGAUUUUGAAUAUACGCCCAAGCCUGAAUUUGAAGGCAACUUUACUGUAUUUAAUGAGGAAAAUGAAGAAAAACUCAUCCAAAGAUUUUUUGAUCAUAUUUUAGAAGUGAAACCGUUAGUCUUUGUUACUUAUAACGGGGAUAAUUUUGAUUUUAAGUUUGUAGAAGCUAGAGCAGCAGUUUAUGAUUUGAAUAUGCUAAAAGAAAUAGGUUUCUCUUGUAAUAGAGAUGGAUUUUAUUUAUCAAGGCCAUGUGCACAUCUCGAUUGUUUACACUGGGUAAAACGUGAUAGUUAUUUGCCUGUUGGGAGUCAUAAUUUAAAAGCUGUAGCAAAAGCAAAAUUAAGAUAUGAUCCUGUAGAACUUGACCCUGAAGAUAUGUGCCGCAUGGCUUCGGAACAGCCUCAAGUAUUAGCUAGUUAUUCUGUUUCCGAUGCUGUUGCAACAUACUAUUUAUAUAUGAAAUAUGUGCAUCCAUUUAUUUUUGCCUUGUGUACAAUUAUUCCUAUGGAGCCAGAUGAAGUAUUAAGGAAAGGGUCAGGUACUUUAUGUGAAUCAUUACUUAUGGUUCAAGCAUUUCAUGCAAAUAUUAUCUUUCCCAAUAAGCAAGAAACUGUUUUAAAUAAGUUAACCGAAGAUGGCCAUGUUUUGGACCAAGAAACUUAUGUUGGUGGACAUGUAGAAUCUCUAGAAGCUGGAGUUUUCCGUGCAAAUUUACCAUGUAGAUUCCGACUUGUUCCAGAGGCCUUUCAGAAACUCAUGGGUGAUGUGGAAAGAACAUUACGUCAUGCCAUUGAAGUUGAAGAAGGUAUUCCUAUAUCAGAAGUUCUCAAUUUAAAGGAAGUUAUUGAUGAAAUUGUUGAGAAGUUGAGGAAGCUUCGCGAUUGCCCAUCCAGAUUAGAAAAUCCUAUUAUUUACCAUUUGGAUGUUGGUGCCAUGUAUCCAAAUAUUAUUUUAACAAACAGAUUGCAACCUUCUGCAAUGGUUGAUGAAGCUACUUGUGCUGCUUGUGACUUUAAUAAACCUGGAGCCCGGUGCCGAAGAGUGAUGCCUUGGACUUGGAGAGGGGAGAUCAUGCCUGCAUCAAGGGGUGAAUUUCAACGCAUCCAGCAGCAACUUGAAACAGAAAUGUUUCCAUCUUCAACUCCAGGUGGUAAGCCAGUUCCAUUUCAUGAACUUAGUAAAGAAGAUCAGUGUGCAAUUGAGAAAAAGAGGUUGACUGAAUAUUGCAGGAAAGCUUACAAAAAGACUCAUGUAACCAAGAUAGAAGUUCGCAACUCCACUGUAUGCCAGCGUGAAAAUUCAUUUUAUGUAGAUACUGUACGUGCCUUUCGUGAUCGUCGCUAUGAAUUCAAAGGUUUGUUGAAGGUAGCUAAAAAGAAAGUGGCAGAAGCAGUUGCUAAAGGAGAUGCUUCUGCAAUUAAAUCAUCCAAAACUCUAGAAGUUCUGUAUGAUUCCUUGCAGCUUGCCCAUAAAUGUAUUUUGAACUCAUUUUAUGGGUAUGUAAUGAGAAAAGGAGCUCGUUGGUAUAGUAUGGAAAUGGCAGGUAUUGUGUGCCAUACAGGUGCUGGCAUUAUUACAAAAGCUAGGGAACUUGUUGAACAGAUUGGAAGACCUUUAGAACUCGAUACUGAUGGUAUUUGGUGUAUUUUGCCAUCUUCUUUUCCUGAGAAUUUCACCAUUAAAACUUCCAACUCUAAAAAACCAAAGUUGCAUAUUUCUUAUCCUGGUGCUAUGUUAAAUGUUAUUGUCCAAGAUCACAAUACAAAUGAUCAAUAUCAUGAGUUAGUUGAUGUUGAAAACCAUGUAUAUGAAAUUCGAAGUGAAAAUUCUAUCUUUUUUGAAGUGGAUGGCCCAUAUUUAGCUAUGGUUCUACCAGCAUCUAAAGAAGAGGGUAAAAAAUUAAAGAAACGAUAUGCUGUUUUUAACUUUGAUGGAUCACUUGCUGAGCUGAAAGGUUUUGAAGUGAAGAGAAGAGGAGAGUUACAGUUAAUUAAAAUAUUCCAGUCUUCUGUUUUUGAAGCAUUUUUGAAAGGAAACACCCUUACAGAAUGCUAUGCAGCUGUUGCAAAAGUUGCUGAUUAUUGGUUAGAUGUUCUUUACACAAAAGCUGUCAAUAUGCCUGAUAAGGAAUUAUUUGAUUUAAUUUCUGAAAACCGAAGUAUGUCUCGAAAGCUUGAAGAUUAUGAAGGGCAGAAGUCAACUUCUAUCAGUACUGCCAAAAGAUUAGCUGAGUUUCUUGGAGAUCAAAUGGUUAAAGAUGCGGGAUUGAGUUGUCGCUUUAUUAUCUCUAAGAAACCUGAAGGUUCACCAGUAACUGAAAGAGCUAUUCCACUUGCUAUUUUUCAAGCUGAACCGAGUGUUAAAAAGCACUAUUUAAGAAAGUGGUUAAAAUCACCAGGAUUGAUUGAUUUUGAUAUUCGUUCAAUAUUGGACUGGGAAUAUUAUAUAGAGCGAUUUAGCAAUACAAUCCAGAAAAUAAUUACUAUACCAGCAGCUUUGCAACAGGUUCCAAAUCCUGUGCCUCGGGUUGCUCAUCCAGAUUGGUUACACAAACGUCUGUUAGAAAAAAAUGAUAGUUUAAAGCAAAAGAAAAUAACAGAGAUUUUUUUCCAUAAAGAAAAAAAUACAGAAGAACCUGAAAAUAUUAUUGACAUUGAGGAUCAGUUAUCACCAUCAAGUAGUUCUGUAGGUGUGCCUAUAUGCACCAAGCGAAAAGCAACAUCAAGUGUAAAAAAUAAUCGCUUGAACAAAAAGAAGAGAACUAAUUUGAGUGAAGCAGAACUUUCCAUGACUUGGCAGGAAUAUCUAGGUCCACCCCCAAGCCUUGGAAAAACUCGAGAAGAAAUUAUAAAUUGGCUGAAAUAUCAAAAGAAAAAAUGGGCUUUUCAAAUAGAACAGAGAAAGUCUAAAGCAAUAGAAAGUGGUACUAAUUUGCCACCUAUUUCCAAAGUCACGUCUGGUGCUAGUAAAACCUUCACUGGUAUAGGCCAGUUUUUAAGAAAAGCCAAAAGAACAAUUUUGGAUAGCCCUUGGCAGAUUAUACAGAUAGCUGAAACAGGGAAAUUAGGGAUAUAUAAACUGUGGGUGUUGAUAGAAAAUGAUUUGCAUAGUAUUAAAUUAAAUAUCCCUAGAAUAUUUUAUGUAAAUCAACAUAUCCCUAAACAGGGUGAGAGUCCUUUGUGGAAGAAAGUUAAUCGUAUUUUACCUCGAUCUCAUCAAGUGUAUAAUUUAUAUGAGUACAUGAUUGAUGAAGAAAUUUAUCAACAGCAUUCUAAUGAUAUUUUGGCAGAAUUGUCUUUACCACAUGUUGAAGGAGUAUAUGAAACUCAAGUAUCUCUUCUGUUUCGUGCCUUGAUUGAAUUAGGAUGUGUAUGUGCUGUGAGCCGUAAAUUUGUGAGACAAUAUGCAUCAUCAGAUUCUGAUAUUUAUAAUCUAACACAUUUGGAGUUUAGAACUCUAGCUCAGCAUAAUUAUCUUGAGCCUGGAUCUUUGAAGUUACUGUAUUUAUAUCAUCAUACUUGCGGACAAAAGUCAAUGUUUGGUUUCUUUUUCCCUCCUUCAAAGAAGGCAGUGGUUUAUGUGCUAGAUACUGUUAGAACAAAUCAAAUGCCAAACUUAUCUAAUGUUUUCACUAAUGAACGGAAUGCAAAACUAGAGAGUGGUGUUGAUCCUGCACUUUUACCUGAAGGUGAUUACACAUUUGAAAUUCAUCUAGAAAAAGAUAUUAAGUUAGUAUAUCGUGGCUUACAAAAGUAUUUAAUGACGUACAAAGACGAAAAGCGUGGACCAACUGCUGUGGUAAUUCAGUCGCCCAUAUCUUCACAAGAUAUAUGCACUCUAAUGCCUGGAUUUACUGAGUUCCCUUUGAUUUCUAUUUACAUUCAUGAUAGUGAUAUGUUAUAUCAAGUUAUGGAUUGGCAAAGAGUUGGUUCUAAAACUAUGAUGAAGCAUUUCAUGAAUGUUGAAUCUGCCAUAUCUGUACUCUUAGAGCAAUGUAGGUAUUUUCAUAUACCUAUUGGUAACUUGCCGCAAGAUGCCUCACUUUUUGGUAGCGAUGUCUUUUUUGCUCGCCAUUUACAAAAGCAAAAUUUCAUUCUUUGGUGCUCACCUACAGAGAGACCAGAUUUAGGUGGCAAAGAGGCUGAUGAUAACAGAUUGCUUGCAGAAUCUGAAAAUGUCUUAGCUGAGGUGAAUAAGACAGAUGCAUAUCCCAGUGUCUGUGUAGAACUUCUUAUUGAGGGUAUGGCUGUUACUACUGUGUUACAGGCACAAAAUCUUAUAGAGCUUGAAGGAACUAGUGCCAGUAUUGCUUUUGAUUCAGGAUCUGUUUCCUCAUUAGCAGAUAUGAUGAACGGACAAGGAAUUACUUCAAACCUCGGAGUAUAUGAUGAAAGUGCUUUGUGUGCUGGUGCAUUUCGUAUAUUACGAACCAUGGUUGCAAGCUGGGUUCGAGAAGUUAUUCAAUACAAAAAUGUUUUUGCUGAUAACCAAAUAGUUAAUUUUUAUAGAUGGUUGCGAAGUCCUCAGUCUUUGCUUUAUGAACCUGCCAUCAAACAAAUUCUUAAUAAUUUAAUGAAAAAGAUGUUUACUCAAGUAAUUUAUGAGUAUCAAAAAUUAGGAUCUAUUGUCGUGUAUGCCUCUUACAAUCGUAUAAUCUUAUGUACAAAACGGAAAUCUAUUGAGGAUGCAUUAGCUUAUACUCAAUAUGUAAAUGAAUGCAUUCAAGGAAAGGAAAUUUUUCAUGGUCUUCAGUUUGAAUUGACUGAUUGCUGGGAAUAUUUGUUAUGGUUAGAUACAGCUAACUUUGCUGGCAUCAAGGUCAAUCAUGAGAAAAAAUCCAACACUUCAGGUCAAGAAGAAAAGGACUCUGAAGAAUUGAAUGAUGAUGCUGAAGAUGAAAACGAAAAACGAUCUCUUACCCUGUGCUUCCAUAUUGCCAAAUUUCUACCAAAAGUGGCAGCAAUUGAUGAUAAUUUCUACAAUGUUGUAGCUGACUAUAUUCAGGAAGCGUACAGCUAUUACAAAGAAAAUUCAGAUUCAAUUGUGAAUCCUCCUAAUCCAAGUCAAAUGCCUGUUCCUGAUGAAAAUUCAGAUGAAACUCCAACAGCAUUAUCAAAAUAUAUCAGAAGUAAUCUUGCACAUAAGCUUUAUAUAUUAGUAGAAAAAAUAAAGAAAAAGUUACCUUCUGAAAUAGGACCUAAUGGAGAAAAUGUCUUCCCGGUUUUACCAGGUUCUUAUCUUAAAAUGUCAAGUCCAGCUUUGGAAUUUACUAAAGCUGUUUGCAAGGUAUUAUCAUUGGAUAGCUCUCUAGGUGAUGUUGUUUUGAAAGUUCGCCGUGAUCUUCUUAGAAUAGUUGGUGUGAAGGAAUUUAGUGAUGAAGCAGAAUGGAGAGAUCCUUGCUUGUCUUUUCUUCUAACAGAAGUUAUAUGUAAAAGCUGCAGUACUUGUAGUAAUAUUGAUUUAUGUCGUGAACAAUAUGUGAUCAAUGAAACAACUGGAAUUCCUGUGUGGUUGUGUAGUGUUUGCAAAGUACCUUAUGAUACAAAGGAAAUUGAAUCUAUGAUGAUUGAAUGUAUUCAUCGAAAGUCAAUGGCACAUGUUCUUCAAGAUUUGCAGUGUGUUAAAUGCAAAAUGAUUAAGGACAGAAAUAUGAUUCGAUAUUGCUCUUGUGCUGGACAAUUCACCACUCUUUUGCCUAUAGAUGAUUUGACUAUGACUUUGAGAACAUUUCAGAAUAUUGCAGAUCAUUUUCAAAUGAAAAAGUUAAAAGACAUUGUUUUGUGGGUAUUAAAAAUGAAUCCACAGAUAAAGUUGUGAAAUGUAAUAUUAUUUUAUAAUGAAUUUAUACAAAACCAGUUUCAAUAGCUGAAAGCAACUUAAAAUUGUGUUCUUUUUUUUAAUGAAUAAAAAGAAUAUUCAUUUUUUAAAUGUAUCUUUCAAAUGGUUU